CGAGAAUAGAGGCAGGGAUUGGAGUGGCAUCUCGACGCUGGACAUACAUAGAGCAGGGAUCAUGAGUGGCACCUGUGCCAACAUAGUAGAUUGCAGCAAUCACCCAGAUCCCGUAUUUACAUCAAAACGUUGCGAAGGCGGGGUUGAAGUCUCGAAAUCUUUGAAAUUAUUGGACAGAAGUUCAAGGUGAAUAGCUUCCAUUGUCCCUGAGGGCACGUUGGACUGUAAAACAGUGGCAGUAGCUCCGAAAGGAUCAUACAAAAACCAGUUAACAGGAUGGCCUGAAUGCAGAUUGAAUGAAUGGUUCAGUGCGCGAGAGGCAUUGCCAGCAUUAGUAGGCGAAAUAGCGACGAAAGAAGCUAAUGAGGGAAGCAAGGGAGGAAGUGGUGGAAGGAGUUUGGCACCACGGUGGCAACACCAUUCCAAAGCUCCACUUUCUAACAGUAAAGUACUACACUACACACACGGUUGCAGAUUGCCAAGCCAACAGGUAAAGGUAACAGAAAUGAGCCCAGAAUCGAAAGCAAACCACUGGAGGAAGAUAGUCAUGAGUCGGAACACAUUAGUAGUGUUCUUGCUCGGUGCCGAUGGCUCAGAUGCAUCUCCACCACGUGCACGAAGUCUAGACUUAAGAUCGAAUGGAUCACACAUACGCAAUAUUGGAAAUGAACGAUUCAGUAUGUCUGAACUGUGUAUGGCGAAAGCCAUCUUAGUUAGGACCAGGAGCAGAAGAAAGGGAAGGUGUGGAAGUAAUGCUUAUGAGGUCAUGCACAACGACACACUGGUCUCCCACCAUCCAUUCAAUGUCUGGAAGGACAAAGCGCAGAACGGCUGGCCAAAUGGUGGAGAAUGGUAUGUGGAGUGAGGCAUAACUUUAGAAGAUAUGUGGCUCAGUGGAAUGCGAAGAUAGGAAAGCAUGAAAUCACGAUGUGAAGGACAGACAGACGAUCAGGGGAGGGGAAAAGAGCGAAAUUUGUAAGCCAAGUAUAGUGGUCUACGGCGAAAGCUAUCAUCGGUUAUAAGUCAUGACUGAGCAAAUUGGAUCUCGCAGAUCAGCGCAGCAGUGGUCCUUUUUGCUGCCUUCGAGUAUGUUUAUCUUCGGUUAGGAUCGUACCAAAUAAAUAUUG